AUGGAAAAAAAAAAAAAAAAAAAUCCCACACAUGCCCUUACAAAGCGAGGAAGAGAAGAAGGGUUUUUGUUGAGAAACCUUCCCAUUUCCCCUUUAACCUUUCUUUUUUCCGCAUCAACCCUCUCAAUUUUCCCCAUUUUCUUUCUUUAUUCCUUUUGCUCUAAUUUUGAUCUCGUCCUCGUGGCCACCAUCGGAAACGAAAACAUGAAUGCCAGAUUGGUUUUGCUUGGAGAUGUUGGAGCUGGAAAGACUAGUCUUGUGUUGCGCUUUGUUGAGCAAUUUGUUGAUUUUAGGUAUUUUGGACGACUUAUAGAAUCGACUAUAGGCGUUGCCUUUUUCUCACAAACAUUGGUUGUAAAUGAUGCCACGGUAAAGUUUGAGAUUUGGGAUACAAUAGAUCAAGAGAGGUACCAUAGCUUGGCACCAAUGUACUACAAAGGAACUUCUACCGCCAUUAUUGUCUAUGAUAUAACAAAUCAGCCAAAAGUCGGCCAAUGA